AUGCUUCAUGAUUAUAUGCAAGGCCAAGGAUUACGAUCUAUUCUCAUCAGCUUUCUUUACUCCAUCAUACACGAGUUGAAAAACAUGAAGGUUAUCUCUGCUGUUAUCUUUGCUUUUGGCUCUCUUAUGGUCAAAUCCACUGUUGAAGGUUAUCGCUUAAUGGACUACUACCCAUCUCGUAAAUGCCACUCUGACUUAACGGCUGGUGGACCCCCAAUCUGCUUGCGUAUUUGCGGUCCUGAAGAAAUCAAGUGUCACAAAGGCUGGGAGAAAAAACAAUUUGGCCACUGCUGGACUUGUUGUUUAAAGCAAGACGACGAUGACGGCGACGAUGACGGCGACGAUGACGACGAUUAUAUUUUAUUGAAGUGAAAUGUACAUAUUACUCUUUUUAGCAUUAAAAUACAGGCCUUUCUUUCCGAAACAAUGUGUGGUUGUCUUUUUGUAUCUUAUAAUCUGGCAGUAG